AUGUCGCUACAGCUACUCAGUAUCGGCCAGCAGUAUCUCUCGCGAGGGCUACUCUGGGGAUCCUUGGGGUCAAUUCGAAGUGCUGCUUCCUACUUCAAGGUCAAACCCAUACGUGUCUUCGGCACAAGGAAGAAAGCCUCAAGGCAAGCUCGUAUAGAGGCGCGGCGAGCUGGCGUAGCACAGAGGAGGCUAGAGGAGCAACAGGGGAUGUUGUUAGAUGUUAAGAAGCAGUUUCGUAUGGAAGUGAAGCGGAACUCAGGCCUGGGUUGGUACAGGAGCCUUCAGUUAGUGAAGCACGUAGAGAUGCAUCGGGCUGGUCCUGGGCCGCAUAUCGAUCAGAACAUGAGGGAGCGACUUACGCUGGCGUAUCGUCAGAUUAUCAAGGGCAAGUGA